CCUUGAGUACGGUAGUUAUCUAACGACAGUUCAACGCCGUAACGGGUGUUGAACAACGGAGACGGUCAUUGUUGCUGUCGGUCGGAUCUGUCAACAGAAAUCAGGAUGUUGGCAUCAUCAUAAUCAUCGCCUGGCUUCUCAUUACAGGACUUGGUGGGUUAAUAGGAAGCAGCUCAACAUGUGCUGACCAGCAGCUCACCAAGCCACAACACUGGACAUCUGACAGAGCUGCUGACUAGAUGUGAAACCAACUGGGUCAGACGAUGUGUGGACCGGUCCUCCCCCUGUGCCUGUUGCUGUGGAUCCUAAGAGCAACACAAGCUGCUAAGAUCACAGCUUCCGCCAAUCUGAAGGCAGAGGUGGGUGAUCCCGCCCACCUUCACUGCAACAUCACCAUCGAGAAGGGGGAAACCUUGCACCAGGUGCGCUGGCACGACCCUCACUCCAACAUGAUCCUGGCGUAUACGACGCGCCCGGCGAUCCAUGUCGUCCACCAGGACGCCAACCUGAAGGUGACGGUGGCGCGCACGGAGUCCAGCUACAUCACCAUCAAGAAGGUGCGGCCGGACGACGAGGGCUGCUUCCACUGCUUUUUCGACGUGUACCCCUCUGGGAAGCAGCAAGGCACCAUCUGUAUCACCAUCACCGGAGGUAGAGUCCAGCUGGAGGGGAACAGGACGGCCAUACGCAGGCUGCCGGUCACCCUGUCCUGCUCGUACCCCCUCGUCAAACGGGUCGGCCAGGCUCUGUGGAGGAAGACGACCGAGCAGGGCGACACCACCACGGUCGCCUCGUACGCCAAGAUUGGCUCUUACAUGGGGGAGCAGUUCAAUGGCCGGGUCAGGCUGAGCCCCACGCUGGGGGAGACCAGGCUGACCAUCGAGGAGGUCCAAACGGAGGAUGAGGCAUGCUACACCUGCGAGUUCCACACCUACCCGGACGGAACCAGGAAGGCCGUCGCCUGCCUCCACGUCUACGUUUUACCCAAGCCGGAGGUGACCUACUUGACGUCGCCCUCGGGAGUCACGGAGGCAAACUGCACCGCCCAGUCGAGGCCUCCAUCCACCAUCCUGUGGGACACUACCGUCAAUUCUGUCACCCUGGGUCCACCCGUGAUGUCGGUGAACAGUCAGGGCGACGGCACCACGACAGUGACGAGCACGCUGCGCUUCAGGUCCGCGCUCAGGACCGUGAAAUGCGUCGUGCAGCACCAGGGUUUGGAGAAAGCCCUCACGCUGGUCCUCAAAGCAGACGGUCUCUCAGAUGAUGAGAUUUUGACUGAUGUAGUGAGUUCACCCAACGUUGUCCUCAUCUCUGUGUGUGUGGCUGCAACUGUCGUCAUCCUGGGUCUGUGUGUGUUUUUCUGCAAGCGCUUCGUAUGUAUUAACGACUGAUUCGGCAUCUGGCAUCGCCGCCGUUAUGCUUCAGUGGAUUUCUGAGCCCGACCCAGCUGCUCAGCACCGUGCAGAGGGAGCUGCUUGUUCUGCUCCGACCAACCGGAAAUGUACUGCCGGAGCAGACAAGAGCACUUCUACUGAAAGGAUUAUUUAAUGCUACAAAUGAGACGAAACUGCUGAGAAGUCGACCUUCGGUGGCCUGACAACCUUUUUACGAUUUGGUUUCAGGUCAUGUCGUUCCUCUUUGUCCUUUGACAAACACCCUCUGCAGCUAUAAAGUGCCACACAUCCAAGUCAAAACUGACGGUCUUGAAUGUGAUUUUUACUUCUAAUGCUCUGAAAUUUGUUUAACCUGUUAGUUGCACCAUAAACUAGCGACGCCACUGCCCUAGUUCUUUAACAGCCCUGAUUGGUUCAUCCAGCGCACAGAAAAAUGUUGGAAGAAAAACAGAAAUAUCCAACUCUGUUCUAACUUUAGCCUUGUUUCAUGUUCUGACUGGAUAAAUAUACCCUAGCUCUACUUCUGGCCAUUGUCCCUCAAGCCUGGUGGCUUUUGGGACGCCAACACCACCACCGAAAUGCAUCUAUUAGUGGCUCCUGGAGACGUACGCUGAUUAGAGGAGGGCCAGUUCUGGACCUGCGAGUAACUGGAAACCCAAAUGCAUCCAAAGGUCUGAGGCAGGAUGUGACUUUUUGUUGAACCAGGCCUUUGUGAGUCAUUUUGAGCGCGGAGAGGACGGCAGCAGCUCUGUCGGUUUUCAACUCCUACAUGUGGGACCAGGGGAGGGAGGGACGGGUUGUCGAGAUGUAAUCUGUGUGUUUCUGGGGUUAAUGCCGCCCAAACGCCUCCCGAGCAGAUGAACCUGUGAAUCACUGUUUGUGUGUACAAGUGUGAGACAGACAGAGGGCGGAUCUGUUUCCACGUGCGCGCUUGUUUUUAAAGGAAGUGUCUGUGUUUCUGUUUUGUAUGUGUCUGUGAGUCACUGAGCUGAACUGCAGGGAGCAGCGUCGACAUUUAUGAAGUGUAUAUUAAUCAGAUUAAAGCAAUAACUUUUGUAGAUGUUCUGAGAAAAAUAAAUGUUCUCUUAUUUUUUUUAUUUUUUUUUUAUAAUUUUUAUACAAUGACACUUAUAUAGUUCUAAACAUUGUGAUUGUGGAUGAGCUUUAAAGAAUUAAAGCACUGUUGUGCAGCUGGUUUGUUA